CUAAAGAUAGUUUUUAUUGUGGUUCAAUGGGAAAACGAGAACAGCGUGAGUGUUGUAAAAGAAAAGAAAGUCGUUAGCGCCGUGGAGUUAAAAGAAUGGACAACAGUUGACAUAUUGACUGGUACAAACAAGGGUCGAGUGGCCAUCUGUAAAGCUACGAUUUUGAAAGUUUGUGGUAAGUAAAAAUUGCGAUAUUCGUUACGUGAUCAAAAUCUUGUAAAAGAAUAGAUGAAGCGGGUUGAAUUAAGCUUACAUAACGCUUGGCGCAACUGAAACUAGAAUAAUUCUGAGAAUCGAAUCGCAGUUUCCUAAGCUUAUGCUUUACAAUGAAAUAAACCUAUCAGUAAGGUUUCAAGAUUCCUCUAGUCACGUUUGGGAACAUUAAAGGUUCAUAAUAGGAACUGUUAUUAAACAAUGUCAAACCUUAUUACAUAAAGAAGCCCUCCUUGGUAAAAACAAAAUAAUGUAUUCAGCCCUUUUUUAGUAAAAUCUACGAGAGAGAUGUACUAACUCCAAUUAAAAUGUCACUCAAUAUGACAGAGAUUUCUCAAUUUGAGAAUCCAAUGAAUGCCCUUUUCCUCAAAGCCAUCUUAAAGGCCUGGUCUGAGCUUUAAAUAUAUAUAUAUAUAUUAAAAUAUAUAUAUAUAUAUAUAUUUAAAUAUAUAUAUAUAUUUAAAUAUAUAUAUAUUUUUUCAAAUUCAGAUGUCAUGGAAUCUAGAUACAAAAUGGUCAAGCUUCUUGUAGACAACCUCAUUCAAGGCCAACUCAUUGUGAGCCCAGGAAAAAAAUACAAAUAGCAGCUAAGUUUACAGUUUAGGAUAACUUCAAUUUAAUUUAUUGUUACAGUUACAACAAGAUUUUAAUCAAAAAAUCAAUUUUAUUUGUCUGUAAUUAACCCCUUCACUCCCAAGAGUGCUUGGUUUUCAAAUAUAAUUUAAGAUGUAUUGUAUUUUAUGGAAAAGAAUUAACAGAUUCUAUUCACAAUUUGUGUCAAACCAAAUUUAAUGAUUGAUUAGGAAUAUUUUAUAUGAAUAGCUGUAAUUGAGGAUUAAUCUGUAUGAAGUUUUCAAGAAAGGAAAAAUAAAUCAAACUCUAUCCUAAUAUUACCACACAUCGAUGUUAAUAACUAAUAAAAAAUAUUUUACAUGUAAGCUUUAAUUAAGCUUCUAAAUAAAUUUCAUUGAAUACUUGAAUUUUAGCUGGGUUUUUUUAAUUUAAAGUAUUUAUUUUAUAUCAUUAGCCUCAAAUUUUUGCUUAAAAUUCCUAGUAAUUCUUAAACAUUCCUAAAAAUUCCCAAAAAUUCCCAGAAAUUCCCAGGAAUUUUUUAGAUUUACAGCUUUUCAGGGAAAGUCAUUGGUUCUCUGAGUUGGAAUUCCUAGGAAUUCCAAGUCCUGUUGGCUAUAAACUUGGAAUUUCUGGGAAUUUCUAGGAAUUUCUAGGUUUUUAGAACCAGAGUUGUUAUGGUUGGGAAUUCCUUGGAAUUCCCAGUGCGAAUUUACCAUGAAAAUUCACACCUUUAUUCCCAGGAAUUCCUGGGAAAAAAUUCCUAGGAAUUCCAAAAGCCAUUUCGCAAGGGUGAAGAAGACAGUAAAGUCAUCCAGUCAAAGACCUCAUUUUCAACAGAUGCUAAUAAUUAUACCCAUCAUACCCAGAUGCUAAUUAUACCCAUAUUGCAUAUCUUUUUUUCCCUGAAAAUGCUCCUGUAAAUCAACAUAACAAUGUGCAUCUUGAGAAUUUAACAACAUUGGUACAUUAGACUUGAAGCUGUAGAUCAAUACCAUCAAAUGUCACAAAACAAGACAUUGAUAGAGUAUUAGCAAGGUGAAGAUCAGAAUCUGGUGGACUUGACUCUCAAGUUUUGAUAAAAAUGAAUUCUAGAGUGACGUUAACUGCCGGGUAUACCUGGUAAAUGAUAGACUUAUUAAUAGACAAAUGGGUACUGUAACAAAAAUUGCUCUUGAUCAAAAUACAAACAAGACAUGUGUUGCCUAUGUAAAGUUUGAUGAAUCUCAAGCUGGUGUAAAAGCUAUAGAAAAAUAUACAGAUAACUAUGCUGGAGAAAACAGUGCUGUACCUAUUCAACCAGUAUUAGCUAGAAUUACAGUCAGACCAGGAAAACAAUCCUCACCAGAAUUACAAAGACUACAAUUUCCUAUCACACUAGCAUGGACAAGUACAGUGCACAAAGUACUAGGACUGACAUUGAAUGAAGUUGUAGUCAGUGCAAUGUUGUGUCAGUAGAGGAAGACGGAUUAAUGGAACAACUACUUUUCAUAUAGAAGGUCUCACUCUCAUGUGAUGCAAACACUCUAUUAGUUAUGCGUACAUAUUAAUUAGAAACAGAACAAUGGCAACCAUGUUCCAGUUAAUUAUAAUCUGUCUUACAACAGGCUAACAGUUGUCAAUUUUAUCUUUUUAAGAGACUUGCUUUCAAUUACAUCUCAUUUAUCAUCUUAUUUUUUUUAUAAUUAAAAUAUUGUCACUGAUAGUUGUUUUAAGAAUUUUUAAGAAUUGUUGAAGACUUUAAAAUUAUUAAAAAUAAAUAAAUGUUAUUGCUUUAUGUUUAUUUUCUUUGUUCAUAUAUAUAUAUAUAUAUAUAUAUAUAUAUAUAUAUAUCCAUGUCACCACUUGAGCUAUUCUAAAAGAAAUGCGCCAAAUAAGUUGAAAACGUCUAUUCAGACUAGCAUCGUCAGUGAUCUAUUUUGAUCUACACAUAUUAAAAAUGAGUCCACUUUCUUUCUUUUUUUGUGACAACAGUUGUGCGCAGCACUUUUCACUUUGAAAUGCACUAAUAAUAACAAGCAGAACAAAGAAACAUGUGGUGGGGAGUAAGGAAAACAAACGACAUGAUUUGGGCUUAAAUUUGUCAAAACAUAAAUUAAACAACACUCUUCAUCAGAUUAAAUCCCUUUAUAAACAUUCCUAAGCAAAGAAGCCUAAAUUCACAGUUAUGCGUCUAGUUUACUUAUGUUUUUAGACACUUCUUGGGAAAAAUCUAGGCAUUCAAGGGUGAGAAAAUCUCUGCCUAUCACAUCAUGACAAAAAAUCAAAUUUUCUUACAACACAAGUGAUAAUCUAUGAUACUGGAUCUCUGGCUAAUACUUUAAGAUAAUAGAACGGGAUGAAAUUUGGGUUUUCAAAAAUUAAUCAGCAGUCUAUAGUCAUUCACAGAUUUCAAGGUACUAGUAUUUGUGUUGCUUGAAAAUUAAGAUGAUAGCUUGCAACAGGAAAAAUUUUUUGGCUCGGGAGAUGAAAUCAACUACAUUAUUUUCACCAUUGAAUUUUCUUAAUAAUGUUUACCUUAGUAUUACAGUACAAAUUGAUUAAACUGAACAGAAUGGAACAGUCUGUCAAAACACAGUCCUUAUAUCUAUAUACAACUCAUAAUAUCUGCGAGUAAAGGGGAUUUACAACUAACCAGAUCUUGCCAAAUUUGAAAUUACUUUUGUCAUUAGUUGCACAUGUUUAAUCAAUAGUUGAGUAAUCCAUUUACCUUAAAAUCAUAGAAAAUUAAUUUUACUGGAGUAAGGCAAUACUACAUGCUCUUGUUUUAUCAGUGCUAUAGUUAUUUUAAUGUUCUUGCCUAUGAUAUGUAUGACAAGCACAAGAAAGUUUUCAAUCAAUUUGUCGAAUAAUCAAGAUAAAACUUUAAACUUAGCUAUUUAUUUUACUGCUUUCAUAGUUAUUCACAAACAAACCAUAAAUUUCUGGUUAUAGUUCGGUGUGGCAGAAAAAAAAUAGGCAUUACAAACUACAUAAAUUCUUUUAUAGUCAUGCUUGCUGAAUUUUCUUUGCUUUCAACUGUUUCAGUAGCAGCAAUAUAUUCGUCCCUGAAUAGCUUGGCUUAUCAUUUUAGAAAACAAAGAGGAAUCAGGAGAACCAGGUGAAGUAAUCAACAGCCCGUUAAAGGGAUAAAGAAAAUAUUGCUUAAUGAACACCUAGACGCGUUUCUCUUGGAUACAAUCGUGUACACCAAGUGGGCAAAAUCAAAGAAGUUACUCUAUCCCUAAUAUUUUCGUGUCAGUUGAAGUCUUAUCAUGGUUUCGUGAACAAAAUAAAUCUUACCACGCCGGCUAAACUUCCUUGUUUUUAAUAGUGUUGCGCAAUAUUUUGUACCUCCAUGAUUUCCGGCGAAUGCAAAUAGCGUGACUUCCUUGCUCGCUGGUAAACACAACACGCGAAUAAAAACUAACGAGUGGAAGGCUAUUGACAAACAUGACAGCCUAUAUCGCUCCUUCCCAACACUAUCAAUGAACACUACUACUCGAUAUCGGUGAUAUAUUUCCUUACGUUUACAGUGUCAAAUAGUUUACAAAUACUGAUAUAUCCUGUUUUACCGAAGUCCAUGAAGUUAAACUGAAGUGCUAUUGCAAUGACCGGUAAAUUACCUUCAGAUUACACGGAAGAAGCUUCUUUGGUCAAUAAUCCUGAAAAAUGAGUCGACUUUGUAGCCGCUGAGGUGGAGAUAAGCGAAAAUCACGUUUUCAAAGAUCAAUGUCCUUGCUUCCUACGGUGAUCGUGCUCACUAUAAAUAUUAGGGGUUUUUCCCUAUCCCAUAAUGCCUAUGUCGUGUCUGUGUGCAUUUGAAUAAAUUUUUCGAAUCAAUAUUUUUCCCUUUUCAAAGGUAUUUUCUAAAGUUGCUGUCAGUCUACCCGGAUAAAGGAUAUGCCGCAAACAUAAAAGUUUGCUUUCCUUUUACUUUCGGUCCAAAGUUUUCUUGAAGGGAUCUAUUAUGGGAGUAGAGUGUAGGAGGAGGGUCAUUUUCCAGCACACCGUCCCAGUCACUGUCAUUUCAGACAGAGUGGAUGACACUUAUCUUGUCUAUUUCGGUGACAUCUUUGUCAGCGGCAAAUAGCAAAUACUUAUUAAUAGCGAAAAUUAAAAUUCCUAUUCAGUUCGUUCCGUCUGUGCCACCUCGCUGGUCGUAGCAAGGAGGCUUAUGUGCCUCAGUGAGCCAUUUAAACUGAACUGGAGAAGGUGUUAGUAGGUUAAAAAAAGUCGGGCAAGUUUCAUCAUGGAAGUGAGACAAGAUUCAUCCCCUUAAUUCUCUCUAGAGACUCUAUUUGGGGGUUGGAAGUGAUUACAUAGACUCCACCACAAAACACUCCAAAAAAGAUAAAGGAAAACUGUUCAAUACGUCAAUGGACUCUAUUUGGACCGCCGCCAGUUAGCCUAACCGUCCCAGGAAUCCAGUUAGUCAACGGGGGUGACAGUCUGAGCAAUAAAAGGGAGAGACUUCGGAAAGGUCACCUCACGCUUCUCACUUGUUAAUCGUUUCAUACGUGUAGCGUAGAAAGAGAGUGUUGUUAAGAGCCGAUGUAGAUGUGCGAC